AUGGCAUCCCAACGUGGCUUACAGAAGGCCCUGAUCACUCAAGUGGUGGUAUUGCUCCUGUGCUGUUAUUGCAAAGUUACAGUAGAUGCACAUGCAUUGUCAUUACCAAGUAGUUUCCCAGUUGCUGUGACAGCUCUGACAGCUGUCAAUGGUAAUCGCAAUGAUGAUGCUUACCUCGUGGAUAUGAUUGUAGCUGAAAGUAAAAAGCAUGAGGAGAAAUCAUGGCAUGCUGAGUCCAGCGAAGAAGAGCACAGUGCACAUCACAAAAAAGGUGGUGAAAAAGGCAAGAAAUCUCACAAAUCCGAGGAGCAUUAUGAGAAGGGCGAAAAGGGUCAUCAUGAUAAGGCUGGCAAAGAAGGUGAAGAAGAGGAGGAACAGAAAUACGAAAAGAAGCAUAAACUAGAGGAUAGCCAUCUGAAGAAGCACAAAAAAGGUGAGAAGGGCGAAAAAGGACAUGAAUUUGAAGACCACGGUUCGUAUAAAAAGGGACACUCGAUUAAGGGCAAACAUCACGUGCAUAAGCUAAAUGAGGAUAAAAAGGAAAAAAAAUAUUAUGAUGAGGAUCACGCUGAAGGUAGUGAAGAAAAGUAUGGCGGUUUUGAAGAAGGUAAAAAACAUAAGAAAGGCGGACAUUACAAGAAGGGCGGACAUAAAAAGUCAUCACAUGAAAAUAAACAUGGUAAAAAGGGGCAUAGUAAGAAAGGGCAUAAGAAGGAAGGACAUAAAGGGCACAAGAAGGCGCAGGAUGAGGAAAAGAAAUGGGACAAUGAACAUGAAGGUGAAAAGAAACAUGGUGACAAGCAUGAGAAAAAGUGGCACAAAUCACAUAAGAAGGAAAGUAGUCAUGGUCAUGGCCAUGGACAUUAG